AUGAUUAAGGAAAAUGGAACGCUCAAUAUGAAAUUUAAACCUAAUCUUAUGAAAAUUCUACAAAUGCUCAAGUUACAUCAUAAAGAUGAUGAGGAAUUACGACAACAUAAACGCAAUUAUAUAACAAGUCACCAACACUUUUGCUAUGGUGAAACUGGUUUUACCGAAGAGAAACAUAAACUAAUACGAGAUACAGGCAAAUACUCAUCAGACAUAAAUUACUUUUGCUACGUGGGCUGCUAUUGUACACAGGUUAAAGAUCUAUUAAUAACUAAGAGAACCUUAAACUAUGAAUCGCUCACAGCUUCUGUCACUCGAAAUUACUCUACUCAGGUAGCAAACCGUGUCAUCAACGAUUGCAAAAAUAUAAGUACUAACAGUCUGUGUGCUGCUGGAAGGGAGGUUCACGAUUGCUUGGCUAAACAUGGAGUCGCUAUUGAAGGUUUAAUUGGGUACUUUGAUGGAGAUAAAAUUUAA